GCUGCCCCCUGCUUUGUGCAUGGGCGUAUGUUCCCCACUGCCUUCUAUGUCUGUGCGUUACCCCUGCCCCCUGUGUGUGUGCCCCACUAACCCCUAAAUUUGUUUUUUCUGCAAGCUGUGUGUGUGGAGAUUUGCACACCCUGCCACAUACGUGCAUGUGCCUGUGCUUAUGCCCCCCGUAGCCUGCAUGCACAUGUUCCCCAUGCACCCCCUGCCCUGUGCCCACCUCGCUCCUCCCAUCUGCCCCCCAGGUGAACCAGCCAUGCCGGUGCAGCACUCCAGCUUAGUGGGGAAAACCAAGGCACUGACAUGUCCAAUGGGCAUCGUGCACCUGCUGGAAGCCCUUUUCACCUGCAUUGCCUUCAGCGUGGUAGCCAGCAAUAGGGGCUGGUGGCAUGCCAACAGCAUGUGGUGCAUGUUUUCGUGGUGCUUCUGCUUCGCUGUGACACUUGUGAUGCUUCUGGUGGAGUUUGUGGGGCUCCAGCACCACAUGCAUGUCUCCUGGAAGAACUUCCAUAUCACCUUCACCAUGUACGCCAGCCUUUUCACCCUCUCGGCCUCUGUCAUCUAUCCUUUCACUGAAGUCAAAGAUGAACAAUACUGCUUGGAGCAGGACUACCGCAUUGCUGCCACUUUUUUCUCCUGCCUCGCAUGCAUGGCCUACUCCGUGGAGGUCACCAUGAUCCACACUACACCAGGCAAGGUCACUGGCUUCAUGGCCACCAUGCCUGGGAUGCUCAAGGUGGUGGAGACCUUCAUUGCCUGCAUCAUCUUUUUCUUCAUCUUCAACUCAAUGGAUCAAUAUUGGUAUGUGGUCUUGAAGUGGUGCCUGGCUGUGUACUGUAUCUGCUUCAUCCUUUCACUGGUUGUCAUUGUGCUGUGCAUCAGCGAGUGGAUCAACUGGCUGCCGUGUGCCUCCAACAAGAUCCUCAGUGGAUACACACUCCUGGCUGUACUCCUCUAUGCCACUGCCACCAUCCUCUGGGCCCUCUACAACUUUCCAAGUAAGCACAGGCAGCCCAAGUGGGACAGAUACUACUGGGAUCACACCUUUUGUGCCUGGGACAAGCCAAUGGCCAUUACUGUGCUCAGUUUCAUCAACAUGGUAGUCUACCUUGCCGACCUGGUCUGCUCUGCCCACCUCAUCUUCAUCCAAGCCUAGGCGCUUGUGCUGGUUG